AGCAGAAAAUCAAAAUUUCUGUUUACAUUUGUUGUUGUUUUCCUUGGAUUUGUCAUUUCCUAUUCUUAAUUGUUUUCCUUAAUUUUUACAACCUUUUUCUAUUUCUCUCUGUUUAAUUUUAGCCCACAAUCAAUUCUGUUUCUCUUUCCAGAUAUCUUCAGUAAAGAUAAAUUCGUGUCAAGAUGGGCUUUCGUAUUCACUUGUUCAAGGAAGAACCAGAUCGAGAUAUUAUCUGUUCCGUUUGCAUGGGUGUUUUAGAUAACCCGGUUAAAGAUCAAUGUGGACAUUUUUUCUGUGCUGAUUGUUUGGGUCCAUGGUUACAAAAAACUGGUCGAUGUCCAAUCUCCAAUCAAUCAAUUCACUCAUCAAUACCAAGUGAAAGUCUUUCCCAACGGAUAAAUUGUCUUAAAAUUAAGUGUGUCGAGUGUAAGAAAAAUUUUGUCCCCUUAAAUCAGCGGUCUGAGGGUUGUAUCGAUUGUGUCACCCGUCGUAUCUCAAAUCGUACUUCAGCCAGUGACAGUUUUGAUCGACGAUUCAAUCAACCUCACCACUCAUUUCAACAAGAACAGAAACAGAAACAAAAAGAUAAAAAUUCUUGGGGCUCUUGGGCUCUUGCUGCUGGUGCCGUUGCUGCCGUAGCUUUGGCUGCGACUUCUGCAACUAAAAAUAAAACUAAUCGUAAAUGAUCAAUUAACAAUCAACUCUGAUGAUCUUCACUCGACUUUUUUCCUGUCCAAUUAAUCGACUGUGACUUUGUGACGAUUUUAUCUGUACAGUUUAAUAACAAAGAGAAUUUACUUUGUAAUUGAGCUUUUAAAAAUGUCAAAUGUUUUGAUUGUUUACAAUUAAAGAUAAAUGACAACUUUUUUGCUCUGAAAAUAGCUUAUUCUCACUUCUUGUUUACAUUUUUUCUUGAGUUGUUUCUACUCAUCGUAACAUUGUUUUGUAUUUUACUUACUAUUUGUAUCUUUUAAUUAGAGUUAAAUUGUGUAAAUAUGUUCAAGAGACCAGUUAAAAUUAACUUUAGAAAGAGAGAAGAGGAAAAAUCACCAAAUGAAGAGGAGGAAGAAAUUGUGAUCUGCAGACCAAGUAAAAUCUCUGCAAAACGCUUUAGCGACAGCGAAAUCAACAUUAGCAUCAAAUCAAAUUCAACAACAGCAAAAAUUAAAAUCGGAACAAGUGACACAACAGCAAAUCCACGUUGGAUCAGUGGCUCGAUUGAAACAAUUAUCAAAAUCGGAAGAUGAUCUACUGAAAACUUUAGAUGAAAUUAAGGAAACAAUUAGAUCGAGCCCAAGAAGAGAUGAAGACAUUCAAACAAGAAAGAGAUCGACUUCAAGAUCAACUCGAAAAGUUAAUCAAUGAAUUAGAAGCUAAAGAGAGGGAUCUUCAACAGGCUAAACUGAAUCAACAAAAGGGUAUGCAACAAGCAACUGCCCAACAGCAGCAACAACAACAACAAUUAGCCCAACAAAGUGGUGAAUUAGUGGCGAUGAAAAAGUCACUCGAUGAACGAGCUCGAAGUUUACAAGAAUUGGAAUCAAAAUUAACCAAAAGGAAAAGUGAAUUUGAUUCAAUGGAAAAGCAACUCGAACUUGCAAUGAAACAACAACGACAACAGGGUCAACAACAAUCACAACAAUCGGCCUCUAAUCAAGCUGCUAGUGAGAAAAUGUUAACCGAAUUAAAAAAGAAAAUGGAAUCAAUUACAUCAAAUGAAUCAGAGAAAGUUAAAUGAGUGAGAGGGAAAUUAAAAGGAUGAAUCGAUUGACUAAGAUUUGAUGAUUUAAUUGUCACCAGAUUCACAUGGAUUCAGUUGAUAUUUUUGAUUCUUCCUUCCCAACAAACAAAAUCAUAGAUACUCAACAAAUCCAUGUAUCCACGGUUUCAUCAGUAGUUGAUUGUUGAUUAAUUAUUGACUGAUGGAAAUACAACUCGAACUUGCAAAUUUU